AGGAGGAGCUGGAUCCUGACUUACUGAAGAAGAUACAGGAGAGAUACAUGCCUGUCAAACCUGACAAGCUGUAUUCCUUCAGAACCAUCAGUAUUGGAGACAUUGCUGUAGAAAUGUACUGUCUUCAUCAUGUCACAUCAUAUCCUCUCCAGGUACCUGUUAGACAACCCGUCCAUGGUGAGAGAUGUUCCUGUGUUAGAGCUGGGGUGUGGCCCCGGGCUGACAGGACUGGUGGCGGCCAGACUGACCAGCCAUCCCGGCAGGGUGGUGCUGACUGAUCACUGUCACCUGGUGCUGGGGGAGCUGGUACCUAGGAGCAUACAGCACAACUUUCCGAACUCAGAUCGCCCUAAGUGUGCAUACCUCCACUGGGGAUCAGACUUACCAGCCUUUCAGCAGAAGUACGGAAGAUUUGAUGUCAUCCUGGGAGCUGAUGUCAUCUACUGGACAGAAUAUGUGGAACCUCUCCUUCAAACUGUGUCUGAACUCCUGUCAGCUAAGCCAUCCUCCUGUUUCCUCACUAUAUAUGAGGAGAGGUAUCUGAAGGCACCAGACACGACCGUCCCAGAAAUGCUGAACGUUGCACACAAGUAUAACCUGACAUGUUCUAGCAUUUCACUGGAUAACAAUCCAGAAUAUCAGGAAGCCAGGAAACAGGAAAAGUGUGACUUCAAACUGUAUAUUUUUAAGCAUAAGUCAUGAAUGUGUAUAUUUUUUAAUGACAUUUGAUAGGAUCAGUUAAAAGUUGUAUUAAUUAGUGUUUUAACAGAGGAUAAAGAAAACACAUUUUCUGAUGGGAAUGAUUAGUCAUAGUGUGAAGUAGAUCUAUUUUAGAUAAGUAAUGUUGAAAAGUUUGAUAAAUUUCGAUAUCAUAGAUCUAUUCAAUAAUGGAUCAAUUGUACAGACUGCUAAUCUCUAACUUUUAAUAUGGUUAAUUCCUCCAUUGUGUAUUUGAUGACCAUAAAUGUAUGGGAAGAUCUUUUGAUAAGAUGUGAUUUUAGGUUACAAGUAUCUUCUGUACAACUAGUGCCAAAAAUAGUCUAGACUGUUCUUGUUAUAAAGACGAAUGUAGCAAUAGAUAAACAUUACCGGAAUGCUAGAUAUGGUAAACUGAAAGCACUGGUGAUGACGAGAUGGAAUGGGAUAAAAUCACCUCAAAUAGUCUGCGGGCAGAUGAGGAAUUUACAUGAUAUUUUAUGAACAUAAUACAAUGUAUAUGAUAAAAGAUAAUGUCAACACUAGUACUCGGUGUUGUAGAAGUUUGUAGAUUAUUUUUUUAGAGGCAACAACGACAAAAACGACACAAAUACGGGAAACUAUAUGAAAUGAGAGAAAGGAAGAUUC